AAGUUUGUCGUUUACCGCAUGUAGACCGUUUCGCGCUGUCUUUAAACUUUGGAUAUAACAACAGCUCUAUGUGGUUUGGAUUGUAAGUGGGAAAAGGCGAAUAAGUGAAGUUUAUAUCUUAAUACACUGUCAAUGUUGACAGUUAAUUAAAUUAGUCUGUGUAAUUAGGCAUGUAAUACAUUGCGUUAGCAUUUUUCGUAUGGAAGUUGUUAGUUUUUAACGCGGGUGUGGACACCUAUGUGGAUAUUUUUUAUUCUUCAACAUUCUUAAAGGCGGCUUUUUGUGUAAUUAAUUCCCAGAAAAAAAAAUUAAGGAUGAAAUCUCUGUUUAGAUAAAGGAAAAAAAAAGAAUAAUAUAAAAAGUAGACCUAUAUCAGUGAAUAAAUUAGCUGAAAGAAGUGUCGUGAGAUUUCCCAUCGAUGUGAAUGGGAGAAGACAUUUUCGUGUAUAUUUAUAAAAUCCUAUGCUAAUGACAUUGUGUAUGCAAAAGGAGGGAAAAGAAGAAAAAAAUCUUCAAGAGUACAUUUAUCAAGAUAAAAGCUGAAAGAUCCAAAUGGUGAAUGUGAAGAGCGUGGAAGUGCGGCUAUAAGGGAGGAAUACUCUUAAAAGUAAUCGCAUCGCAUACGAUAAGAAUCGAUCGGCAGCUCAAGCCAGGAGUGUUUGAUGUUUGGAAUUGAACGAGCACCAAUGUGAUGAAGAUAUAGCGAUAAAUGGUUUCACAUUCUCACUAUGGGUGCCCCAAUAUAAACAUUUAAUUGAUUCAAUGGUGUGGUUACACAUUUCUUCACGUUUUUUCCAUUCAAUGUGAUCCCCGCGCGCAUUGUAUCAGUGCCAUAAAUAAACAGAUCGUGAAAUUUUCACAAAUUGCACCAAUAAAAUCAGGCAACAAUAUAAGUUAUGUGUGUGUGGUGAUUGUAUACCAUCAAGUGGAAAAAAAAUCAUCUUGCAAUAGCGGAAAAAAUUGCAUAAUUAAUAACAAUCACGAUCAAUUAACUACUGUAAUUGUGAUGUCUACGUCAAACUCAUGUGCUGCUUCAUCAUUUCAUUGCAACGUUCAGCAGAAGCGGCAUCAGACCGCCAUUAGACGCCACGUGCUCACCAUCGGACACGGGUGUUGAUUUGAGAACGAACUGUGGGGUGCUCAUUUCGUGCCUGACGAUAGAUGGUUCUCUAAUAGCAAGGAAUUUAUUGGUGUUUUAGUAAAAAAAAAUUAUAUUAGUGUGAAAAAGUGCGAUAAACUUUGACUAAAAGGAUAUUACUUCAAAGUCAAUCAUUUCUUAAAAGGAUUACUUAUAACAACAACAUCAAAAAAUGUAUCCAAGUGCUGGGAUUAAUGCAGCAGCGGCUAGGCAUCCGGGUCCACCACAGCCAGGACAGCCUUUCAAAUUCACAGUGGUUGAGAGUUGUGAUCGAAUCAAGGAGGAAUUUAAUUUCCUGCAGGCGCAAUACCACAAUCUCAAAAUGGAAUGCGAAAAAUUGGCACAGGAAAAGACAGAGAUGCAGAGGCACUAUGUAAUGUACUACGAAAUGUCGUAUGGAUUGAAUGUGGAGAUGCACAAGCAGACGGAGAUCUCGAAACGACUAAACGCCAUCAUUGCCCAAAUUGUACCUUUCCUGUCACAGGAGCACCAACAGCAGGUGGCAACGGCUGUGGAUCGUGCCAAGCAGAUCACAAUGACGGAAUUAAAUGCCGUCAUUGGCCAACAACGCCCGGAUUUGCCGCGCUUGCUGCAACAGAUGCAUGCACAGCAGCUUCCGGCCCAUGCGGGGGCCCCACCAAUGCCUAUAGGAAUGCCCCAUCCGAGUAUAGCUCCGGGUGCCCUUGGGGGGCCACUUGGAUUGGCAAAUACCCCCGGGCAGCACCCACUAGCCAUUCUAAAUAAGCAAGAGCUCCACCGACCUGAGGAAUCUAAGAGCAAUAGUGGCCUCAGUGUACCCGAAGAUCGCCAUGUUAGUAACGAAUUUUAUUUUUCAGUUAACAAAAAAAUAAAUCUUCCUUUUUUUUCACAGAGAAAUUCAAUUUCACCUACGGAUCGAGAAAAAUAUCGACCACGUACACCGGAGGAGCGUGAAUUGAAGAAGGUGAAGAAGGAGGAAAAGGAUUUAGGCCAUCAAUCCGACGGGGAGAAGUCCGAUCAGGACCUCGUGGUUGAUGAUGCGUCGGAAUCGAAUCCCAUGUCACCGGUACCCAAUCAGCAUCACAGCAAUGGGACGGCGUCACCGCGAGAGAAUGGACUGAUGGUGAAAAAAUUGGAUCACCAAGAUCGCGUGGGGCCACAUUCCCCGCGAUCGGGCACCUCCUCAAAUGCAUCAACCCCAUCGAAUAAGAAACUCGAGGAUAAACCAUCGACGCCAAUUUCCAAAUCUGUCACACCGACAAAUUCCUCAAAUGGGCACGCUGGUGCCCCACCUGGUGGGGGUGUAGUGAAGGCCGUGGCGAAACCACCUGUACUCAAUCCAGGCGCCUACCCGCACUACUUGGGGCCACUAAAUGGUGCUGCACCGCAUGAGCUACAGGCUGCCUAUGGGGCACCUGGGGUGCACAAUAAUCUCCCGCCUGCCAUUAAUAAUUACCCACGGGCACCACUACAGGUUGGCUUUGAUCCACAUCCACAGAUGAGGGCACCCCUGGGGCCAGCACUCGGAGCCAUUCCCGGUGGAAAACCUGCGUACUCCUUUCAUGUGAGUGCUGAUGGACAAAUGCAACCGGUGCCAUUUCCUCCGGAUGCCCUAAUUGGUGCCGGAAUUCCGCGGCAUGCCCGCCAAAUUAAUACUCUUUCCCACGGUGAGGUGGUGUGCGCCGUGACGAUCUCAAAUCCCACCAAGUACGUGUACACGGGCGGCAAGGGAUGCGUGAAGGCGUGGGAUAUCUCCCAACCUGGCAAUAAGAAUCCCGUCUCUCAACUGGAUUGCCUCCAGCGUGACAACUACAUUCGUUCAGUGAAACUUUUGCCCGAUGGUCGAACACUAAUUGUGGGUGGUGAGGCUUCGAAUUUGUCCAUUUGGGAUUUAGCUAGCCCCACACCGCGAAUUAAGGCUGAACUCACGUCUAGUGCACCUGCGUGCUAUGCUCUCGCCAUCUCCCCCGACUCAAAGGUGUGCUUCUCAUGCUGCUCCGAUGGCAAUAUAGCCGUGUGGGAUUUGCAGAAUCAAACGUUGGUUAGACAAUUCCAGGGACACACUGACGGUGCUUCAUGCAUUGAUAUUAGUGCUGAUGGCACAAAACUCUGGACUGGAGGUCUGGACAAUACAGUACGAUCGUGGGAUCUACGUGAGGGGAGACAGCUGCAACAACAUGAUUUCAGUUCGCAAAUCUUUUCACUGGGCUACUGUCCCACUGGCGAAUGGCUGGCUGUGGGGAUGGAGAAUAGCAAUGUUGAGGUUCUCCAUGCAACAAAGCCAGACAAGUAUCAGCUCCAUUUGCACGAGAGUUGCGUCCUCAGCCUGAGAUUCGCUGCGUGCGGCAAGUGGUUUGUGUCCACCGGAAAGGAUAAUCUUCUAAAUGCAUGGAGGACACCAUACGGAGCCUCAAUCUUCCAGUCAAAGGAAUCCUCAUCAGUGCUUAGUUGUGACAUUUCCGCCGAUGAUAAAUACAUCGUGACGGGGUCAGGUGAUAAGAAGGCCACGGUGUACGAGGUCAUCUACUGAAGAGAUGGAAUAUUUUCCUAAUUAGUGAAAAAAAACUGAAAAACAAAUAGAAUGAAAUUUUCUUCAUUUUGGUGCACCAUUUGAAGGAGAAUCUGUCGCAAAAAAACCCUCUAAGAUUUUAAUCUUAUAAGGAUGUCUUAAGUGUUUUUAAGAAAUAUAGAGAGACUAUGGAAACAUGAA